AUGCACAUCUCAUCUUUCUUAUGCGCUGUGGCGCUUCCUGCGGUCAUCUCUGCCUUCCCCAAUGCACCUUUCGUCACUGAAUCCCAGUGGGUCCAUGAUUCGACUGGCGAGAAUUUCACCUAUGUCGGCGUCAACUGGCCCGGCGCUGGUGAAGUGAUGAUUCCUGAGGGUCUUCAGUAUCAAAGCGUGGCGUCUAUUGCUUCUAAGAUCAAGAGCCUGGGGAUGAACGCUGUGCGUCUGACCUUCGCCAUCGAGAUGAUCGAUGACAUCAAAGACAAUGGGGGAGACGUCACACUCCAGAACGCUUUCAAGAAGGCACUGGGCGAUGCAAAUGGUACCACUGUAUACAAGGAAGUGAUUAAGAACAACCCACAAUUCGGUGCUUCGACCACAAGACUUCAGGUUUACGAUAGCAUUGCGGCCGAACUGGCGAAGCAAAAUAUCUAUGUGCAUCUCGACAACCAUAUGUCCAAGGGAGCAUGGUGCUGCUCUACCAACGAUGGCAACGCGUGGUUCGGCGACACAUACUUCGAUGUCACAAAGUGGAAGCGCGGUCUCGCAUACAUGGCCUCACACAGCUAUCAGAGCAAGCAAUGGCCCAAUAUGGUCUCUAUUGGCCUUCGCAACGAACUCCGCAAGCCAACCAACGCCGGCUCUUCUCUUCCGUAUGACUGGCCUACGUGGUACGAGCAGGUCGUUGCCGCAGCUGACGUUGUCAAUGCUGCAAACCCGGAUAUCCUCAUCUUCCUCUCUGGCCUGAACUUCGACACCACUGUCCAGCCACUCCCCUGGGCUGAUGAUCUUGGCAACGGCAAGAAGUUCCUCCUGACAGACUUCAAGUACGCCGAUAAGCUUGUCUUGGAGAUGCACAACUACCAGAACUCCGCGACCAACUGUGGUGACAUUGAGAGCGGCCUUUGGAACAACGGGUUCCGCGCAACCGGUGAGAAGGCCGUAAACCGUAUGCCCGUGCUCUUGACCGAAUUUGGCUUCUCGAACGCUGGCAGCGAUUACAACAGCGUGUAUGCGACCUGCUUGCGCAAGCUGAUGCCGCAGUGGAAGAGUGGAUGGAUGGUAUGGGCGCUUGGCGGUAGCUACUACAUCCGUAGCGGAACGCAGGAUUACGAGGAAACUUGGGGUCUGUUGAGCCAUGACUGGACUGCGUGGAGGAACGAAAAUGCGAUCAGCGCACUCAAGAGCAUGGUGACUUCAACACUUGCGUCUGUCGAGUAG